AUGGAGACCAACAACAGCAGAAUCUCGGAAGGAUGGUCUCACCGACUCGGUGGAAUUGACGAUCCCCCUUCAUUGUCCCAGAGUUCUUUGCUCGAGAUCCAAGCCCUCCUUGCUGCAGCAAAUCUCUCUCAAGAAGCCCUCACACAAAGUUUCUCGCUAUAUAUCAAACUCCUUGAUUCCAUUGAGAAUCGAAAAAGUAAAGCAGCUGAGCGUGGAGGAAACAGAGAGUCCAACAUUGUUGCAACAAAUUGGAAGCGACCCGUCAAUGAGGAGGAAGAAGAGUCAGAGGAUGACAUCAAUCCACAGAGUGCCUCUCGUAGGAAGAUUGAUGAAACAGUCCUACCCUGGCUCAACCAAGCAUCUUCUUCCAGCAGAACUUUCCCUUCUGAAUCUCUUGAAAAGACCCGAAUCAUCCUCGCAAAUCUCGCUCGAGAACCAAAGUACGCUCGAUCCACCAUUCAAUCCCAGCCUGAUUGUCCCGUCUUCUCUACCAAAGACUGGGAUGAUAUCGUUAAUGGAAAACCAGCACAUUGCGACCACAUCUUCUCCUCAAUGCAUGCGACCACUCUUGACGAACGCCAGACCCAGAAGUCCCUGGAAAAAGGAUUAACAACUCCGGAGACUGGCAGAUUGUCUUUGCCAAGUACUCCAAAGCCCUCACAUUUGUCUUUCCCCAUCGAGCAUAUCAUUAGACUCUUUGGAGCCCUUCCCGAACUCGAUCAUGACAAAGUCAUCAACUAUGACAAGGCCAUCCUGAGUUCCAGGACCUCUUCUUGCAUUGGAUCCAAGCCUCUCCCUCCAAAGUUAGAGAAUCAGGACAAAGAGAAAAUAAGUCUCGAAGGCGCGAACCUUGCAAGAGGUACAAUGAAGGUCAAUGCCCAAACACAGCCCAGUCCUGUGGGUACCAACACGUCUGCGGAAAGUGUAACCGAAAUGACCAUACCCGUCCAAAAUGCCCAAACUAAAUAUUGGAGCAGACGUCCUCGCUACGCUCAUGCGUUAAUGUGGGACGAUGUUGAAAAGCCUACAGAAAACAUGAGCUUGGCUGAUAGCUCAGUUUAUAUGACUCCUUUACCUCGGCCACCUAGGGAUGUAAUCCUCGAUGACACAGUACUAGAUACAAUUUGA